AUGAAUUUUAUUAUUCAAAAGCAUGUUGCAAAAUACCCAAAUUCUUGCUUAAAAAAAGCUACUCCUGAGACCUGGUUUUUUGAAAUUGAUCAUGUAGACUACUUCGAUGAAGCUCUAGAUGAGAUUUUUGAAGUUGUUCAAGAAUGCAAAGAAAAUGUUUCACGAGAAAGGAUGCAUAAUUUCAUCCUAAAACCAAACCUGGGCAAUAAAGGUGCUGACUUAAAAAUUUUUCAUACCAUAGAUCAAUUAAGGUCUGUUUUUGAUGUAACCCAUGAGGAAAAAUCUGUCAAUAUUGACGAAAAUUUAUUACAACUUGAUGAUGUUGAUGAAAGUAUAUUUCAUCUACGUGAAUGGGUCAUACAACGAUACAUUUCCAACCCACUUUUGAUAAAUGAUCGAAAGUUUCAUAUUCGCGCAUAUGUUCUUGCUGUAUCAAAAAUCAAAGUUUACCUUUAUAAAGAUAUGCUAGCUCUUUUUGCUCUUCAUCCUUAUAGAUCAGAUGACAUUAAUGAUACUCUUGCUCAUUUAACAAAUACGUGCUUACAAAUACAUGAUGAAUCGUUUAAAGAAUCUGAUCAAGUUAAAUUAUUUUGGGAAUUGAUGUAUCAUAAUUCGGUGAUCGAUGAGCAAGAUUUAAUUUCAAUAUUCGAGCAGAUUAAGAAUAUUCUUGGUGAGUGUUUCAAAGCUGUGGUGAGCGAAGUGACACAAUUCAUGCCAUUGGAAAAUGCAUUUGAACUAUUCGGAUUUGACUUCUUAGUUGAUGCAAACAAAGAUGUUUAUUUGCUGGAAGCUAAUUCUUUUCCUGAUUUUAAGCAAACGGGUAAUAGACUUUCGCAUGUAAUUUCUCACUUAUUUGAAAAUACUAUAAAGUUAGCGGUUAUUCCAUUUUUCAAGAAACUACAGGAUCCAUCUAUUAACCAAAAUCAACCAUCAGAUGAAACAGAUUCAAAAUUUUGCCUAGUGUUUGAAAAUUAA